AUGCCCUUUCCUCCCCUUUCAGAUAAACAUACGAUCAUCCAGGCGGAGUUCUAUCUUGCCCCGGACCAAACAGGAGAGUUUAUGUUUGACUUUGAUGGUGAUGAGCUUUUUCAUGUGGAUAUGGAAAAGACGGAGACAGUCUGGCGACUUAAGGAAUUUGGACAGUUUGCCAGUUUUGAGGCUCAAGGUGCACUGGCUAAUAUGGCUGUGGACAGAGACAAUCUGGAGAUCAUGAUAAAGCGCUCCAACGGCACCCCUGAUGCCAAUGAACCUCCAGAGGUGACCGUGCUCUCCAACAGCCCCGUGAAGCUGGGAGAGCCCAAUGUCCUCAUCUGUUUCAUUGACAAGUUCUCACCUCCAGUGGUCAACGUCACCUGGCUUCAAAACGGAAAACCUGUCACCACAGGCACGUCAGAGACAGUCUUCCUGCCCAGGGAAGACCAUCUAUUCCGCAAGUUCUACUACCUCACCUUCCUGCCCUCCACUGAAGACGUCUAUGACUGCAUGGUGGAGCACUGGGGCCUGGAGAAACCUAUUCUCAAACAUUGGGAAUUUGAAGAGCAAAUCCUCCUUCCAGAAACCACGGAGAAUGUGGUGUGUGCCCUUGGGCUGGUUGUGGGCGUGGUGGGCAUCCUCAUUGGAACUGUCUUGAUCAUCAAGGGCACGCACAAACACAGAGCUGCAGAAUGCCGAGGGACCCUGUGAGACACUCCGG